AUGCGGCACCUCACACAGAUAGCUUUGAAGAGGCACCAGCCGGCCGUCGUGGUCACGCUGGCGCGCGCGGAGUUUUUGUGGAUCGGACAAUUUACCGUACUCCUGGCGAGUCUCUCAAACCUUGCUUGGGCUCAACAAAACGACGACGAGGGCACCUACCAUUUCGCGAGUGGACCCACUGGACGCGCCGGGGUCGUUGAAGGAGAGAGCCUGCCCUGGAUUGGAUCCUUUGAAUAUUUGAGCAGCGAGGCCUCGCCGGCUACGGUACUGAUGACAGUCGUGGAUAGCAGCACUGGUACCCCGCUCGGAGAGUGCUCAGUGAUGGAUGCUGACAAAGACGAGUGGGAGCAUUUCGUUUGGACGUUAACCACCGACUCGCUCACUUGCAACGUCUCCGACUCGAGCUCGUCCAAAGUUCGCUUUCCCCUCUCCACGCAUCCGAGGACAUUUUCCGUCCGAAUACAGUCGAAUCGAGGACCCCGGUGUCUUCGCGAGAUGACGGUGCAAAAACGAGAAACCGAUCGGUUGCCCGCCGCAUUUGCGGAGAAACGCUUUCACCUCGGCCGGCCUCACUUGCGGAUGCCCUUACGUGGCCGAGUCGACAGACCGUCUGAACGACUCAAACUCGACUUCUGCCUCGGCGGCUCCGGCGAAAGCGAAAACGGCGGCGCUGCUGACCCAGCUUUUCCGAUCUUCGACUUGCAAGGGGGCCCAGCUCCACCCGGAGUGUCGCCUAGUCAAGGCACAAGGACGCCCACAGGCACACCAGAUUUCGCGGUGAGCCCGUGUGCCAACGUGGACUGUUUAAACAAUGGGACGUGCGUUGUCGGAUCGGAUGGACAGGCAACUUGUUUAUGCCAAAACGGUUUCUCCGGCUCGCGCUGUCAACUCGACAUUUGCGCCUCGGUGCCGUGCUCGAAUGGCGGGAAAUGUAAGGCGAAUGGGAGCACGGCCGUUUGCGAAUGCUCACCACACACGAGGGGGAUUCUCUGCGAACAGAUCAUCUGCGAACCGUCUUGCGCCCAGGGCGAGUGCACGCUCGUCGACGGAGCCCCAAUGUGUCAAUGCCAACAAGGCUUCAUCGGUCCCAACUGCAAUGUGAUCGAUGUGUGCAUUGGUGACGCAGCUUGCGCCGUUUUUGGUGAGAACGCGAAAUGCACGCUCGAUUCGGCGUCGUACACGACGGUCACCCCGAAAGUCGUCAACGCCUCCUACGAUUGUCACUGUCCCCACCCGCAAACUGGCCAAUGGAUGGACUGCUUGACGCUCGUCCUUUCCUCAACGCUGCAACCAAAUGCCGGUGUUGGCGGUGUGGAAAGCUCUUUUGGAUCACAGGAAACGCGGACGACGACGCUGGGCACAACAACGAGCACCGUUAAAGUUCCGAUCGUGCCGCUGGGCGCGCACAACGUCGUCACCGCCACCGCGCACCCGCGCAUCAUCACCGCGCCCACCACAACGACCACAACGACCACAACGACGACGUCGAUCACCCCCACCAACACUGUCAGCAAUCAAAAUGCAUCCCAGCAGAUGAACUUCUUGCCCUUCAACCCGAAUGGACCGCAACUGGCAACAGUUUUGCCUAGGCAACAGGUCACCCCAUCAAGCCCUGAGCCGAGCGAGGAAGAAGAGGAGAGCGACGAAACAACGACACACGUGCAAACUGUUUCGCCGAAUCUCGGCUUCCGGCCGUUCCCAUCAGCUCCAGUUGUCGUGAAUGGAGGCGAGAAUGAAUCGACGCGAUUCCCCACCCCGACUCCAUUCGAGGUCUCCGAGGGCGGAGAGGAAGGCGGGGAAACGGCUGAGGAAGAAGAGAACCUCGGUGCCGGCUUUGAAACGAUGACUCAAGAGAAUGGACCCGAGGCUGGCCCGGGCGGCAUCCAGAUUACUACUGGAGCCUCUACAGCUGAAGAGGAAGAUUCCGAAGAGACGACCACUCAAAUCUCAACCAUUGCUCCAGUUCGCAAUGUUGUGAACAAUGUUGACGGACUUUGGCCACUGCCCGACUCAACCAUAUCCCCACAGACGACUACGGAAUCGGCUGAGGUGGCCUCCGGGGAAACGACACAAUCGGUGCUGCCAUUCUGGAUGAUGACAACGACUGAGUCACCCAAACAGCCAUCGACCACUCGCUCGACGACCAGCACAACGACGACGACGACCGAAGAACCAGAAACGGAAGAAGACGAAAAAGAGGAGGAACAAGAGCAGCAGCCGACAGUCUUGCCACCGAUCCGCGGCAACAACAAUGUGCACGAGCACGCCUGGCCAACUCCCACCUCUCCUCAGCCACCAACCACCGAGGACACAACGAAGGCGGUGAUCGCAACCGGAAACGCGAGCCAAAAUGGCAGCUCUGCCGCCAGCAUUAUUGUCGCGAUUAUCGCCGUUUGCUUGAUCGGCUUGUUGCUUCUGGCGGCCGCUUUCUUCACAAUGCGAUACGUGCGGCAAAGUCGAAAAUUACAUGGCAAAUACAAUCCAUCUCGUGAAGAAUCGGCUUUAUCCGCCGCCUACUCGCUUCCCAUGACGCAUGUGAGCAAAGAGGAGCGACUCAUU